AUGAUUAAUAGGUUCGGCAAUGUGGUGAGCGAGAUCAUGCUCGAAUUGGCGUCGAGUGACUCCUUUACUGCAUACCUCGACAACACGGCAGCGGAACGAGAGGCGGACGAUUCGUCUGCCGAUGCAAACGCAGGCACCCGUUCAAUCAAUUCCAGAUCGACUAAACUGUAUGAAUCCCACGUGAUAGCGGACGGUGCCGCAGGAAUGCAAGAAGUGGAUGCGCCAACCACUCCUUCGGAGCAGCACGUCAUGAGCACGAGCGGCGAAACAGUUACGGACGCCAAUGAAUGUACGGUUACACGUGCGACUUCGGAAGCUGAACUGCUUCGUGCAGCCUCUAAGAGCAUGUUCGACAGGGGCAAUCUGUUGCCUCCCCCGAAGGCAAAGCAGUCAACUGCGGAAAACAAGCCGACAGACUCAGCCGCUGAAGUGGCGUUCAAGAAGGCGCCUCAAACGGCAGCCGACGAGUCGACUGAGACGGCCGCACGGCCAACAGUCAAGUCUCCGCUCAAAGUCCCCAUACCGUUGCGCAAAGGCGUGGCAGAAUCUGAAAGGGAAGCGAAAGCAGCCCCCGACACAGACAAAGCAACCACGCCGGAGUGGACACCGGAAAGCAGGAUAAACAUACUGACGAGGGCGGCAAAUAGGGUUCGAAUGAUCUCCCGAGUAACGCAAAAACGGGACGAACAGUUCGACCUACCAACUGACGCAUACGGCUACGUCAUGAACCGGUCCAUGUCCAGCGCCAGCGAUCAGUCGCUUUUCCGCUCGCCCGGCCACAGCGGCAGCAUCAACAGCACCAAAGACGGAUUUGCUAACCGGAAAGGCGACGCUGCGUCGGCGGGCUACCGGUGCUACGGCAUCAGCCGCAGGGCAGGCAUCAAGCUGGGCACCAUUUCCAGCCGGUACAACCGCGUCAACGACGCUCUCAAAGCGCUGGAGGUCGAAGACAUUGGCGCUGUCCGCGAGGCACAUUUCCUGCAGCACACCAAAACCGUGUCCGCUCUCUGGUCUAGACACGGCAACGUGGCCGUCUCCCGGUAG